UUUUUUUUUUGUCAUUUAGAUACAGGAGAGAAACAGACAGGAUUUGUGUUUAUUUUUUUGUAGCAUGAUGGUGCUGUUUGCAUCAAGGCAGAGAUACCCAGAGCGUGCAGUACUAGUCAGGGAAGUGCUGGAGCUAGGAGAUAGACAGAGGUAAGGAGUCUGCAGGCUGCGGCUUUGCUGGGAGCUGUCCGAGGUGCUGAAAACAAGUCAUUGCGAGCUCUCUCUGCACUGAGAGCAGUCUCCUGGACGUCUUGUUUCCUUUGCUCUUCUGGCUCCUAGACAGAAAUUCCAAGUCAUGGUGUAUGCACCAGGUAAAGUACUCUCUGUUAUGAUUCUGGCCUACGUAUGUAUUUUUUAUUUUUUUUUAGUUAUUAUUAAAAGCAAUGAUGUCCUUUUUUCAGUGUUCCAGUAAAGGACAGGGUCAUUGGAAAUGAGAUUAAAUGAAAAAAGAGAGGGAGCUAACCUUUUUUGCAGACUUGGAAGCUGUACAUGUGAUCAUUCAGACUCCCAGUGGAGGGAGGCCAGCACAGCACAAUAAAAACACAGACCCAUCAUUUGCUGGAGAGGAAAAACUCACUGGUACAUCAGGUGCUAUCCCCUCUCGGUUCAUCAAUGCAUAGGAGUAAGUGUGCUCUGCUUUAAUGAGAAGGAACAUGGUCUGUGUAUUGCUUUAAUUUAACUACUUAAUGACUUGAUUAAAAAGCAUGUUUAACCUUCCAAUAGUGUAUUGCUUUAAUUUAACUACUUAAUGACUUGAUUAAAAAGCAUGUUUAACCUUCCAAUAACUCAGCUAGCUCACUGGUGAUUGAUACAUUAUUUCUCAUGUAUUGAAAUAGAGGGUGCUCUGACAGGGUGUUUAGGGUGCACUGAGCUCAACUUUAUUCUGGUUAGAGAUUUGUAAACUUUGUAACAAUGAGGGAGUUGUACAUUGUGCAGGUUCUAAAUGGAUUUAGUUUGUACUCACUCAUAACAUUAGAGAAAGUAUGGUUUAGAAUAAACAGUGCAGUUAAUUUACAGAACUAGCCAGGUUUAUAUGAAAUAUUUUCAUUUGAAUUCACUUUUCUUUUUGUCAUUGAUCAUUUACUGGCACUAUGUUCUUUUGUAAUCCUUUAUUUUUAGAAAUGGAAAAAGUAGGCUGAAUAGAUAAUGAGAAACAAGAGACAAGGGAAGGUGCCAAUUUGUCUGCAGUGUUGCUUAAUUAUCCAUGCAAGUUAUGGGUCAUGGUUUACAGUGCUUUAAUGUAAGCUGAAUGUCAGUAUCCCAAACUAAUAUUGUUUGUAGUUAUAUAUACCGAGUGUGCCUUGUAGUACUCCAACAGUUAUAUGUGGAUCCUAUCUCUAAUCCUUUUUAUCAGCUAGCCCAGAUGCGUCAAACAUUGAACUAUGAAAAUUGUACACAAAUUUGUGGAAGUGCUAUGCUGCAUAAAAAGAAGAUUACAUUUGACAAUAUAUUAUCACAGUAUAGGGGUGAAUGAUGAAUGUUAAGUACUUUUUCAGAGCCAUUUCCUCCUUAGGCUUUUUUUAAUUAAAACUUAAAAAAGAAAAUGAAAAUUAACUUUUGUGAUAUUCAGUGCAUAGUUUUCGGAAAAUAAGUGAAAAACUUCAGAAUUUGUUAUCAUGUUUGUCUGCAGCGUAAAAAGCAAAUACAGAAUUACCAUUGGUCUAUUUUUUAAUGUAGUGUGUUGAAUCCAAUGAACUCAGAUUAGAACACACUGUAUUUCUACAUCAGUGUUCAAGGUUACAGUGUUGUAAUAUUUUAUCAGAUCAGUAUUUUUAAAGAAAAACACCACUAAAUACAUAGAAAAUACACUGGUAUGCAUGACUCGUACACAACAUUUUGAGUUACAACAUUUAAUUACAAUCAGAUAUGUGAUACUGCUUGAGGUAGUUAUUUGUCAUUGGUGUCACCUCAGCUGAGGUUCUAGGAAGAGUCAGCAAAAUUUGAGACUAAAGAAUUAAUAAAUUGAUAGAAGUAAUUGCUGUGACCUUUUGAUUUUGAGAAAGUUAGUUGUUUAUGAUGUGUCCAUAAAACCCUAGUUCAGUGUUUAAAUGCAUUGUUAUUUGCCACCUUUACUGCAUUAACAUUGAUGUAGCCCAUUUUCACUCUUCAAUCUUAUCCUUGUAUAAAUUACUAUUAAUCCACUCUGCUCUGCAAUGUUUGUUUUAAAUAUACAAAUAUUUGCAGUUCCAGUGAAUAUUGUGUAAAAGUAAAAAAUCAAUGACAGUAGUUUAACGACUAAAUUGAAAAGCUUCAAAUGAAUGAUUGCCCUUAUUAAAUAUCUACAUUACCUUUAACCAACAAUGUGAACUUUGCAUUGUCAGGUUCAUUGUAUGUGACAUUUACUUAGUUUCAGGAAGUAUCAUUCAGGGCUUCAAUCUCUUGAAACCUGACUGAAUAGAAACAUAGAAUGUGAGGGCAGAUAAGAACCAUUCGGCACAUCUAGUCUGCCCAAUUUUCUAAAUACUUUCAUUAAUUCCUGGCCUUAUCUUAUAGUUAGGAUAGCCUAAUGCCUAUCCCAUGCAUGCUUAAACUCCUUUACUGUGUUAACUCCUACCACUUCAGCUGGAAGGCUUUUCCAUGCAUCUACUACCCUCACAGUAAAGUAUUACUUCCUGAAAUUAUUAUUUUUUUAAAAUAUGAUGUGAUCAUUGAAUUUCCCAAAGUAUGGCAAGAAAUUCACCAAGAGUAUGGAGAAAACAAAUCACAAUGGCUAUUUGCACAGUAUGGCCCCAUAGAGGUAAAACUUAUUUAUGGAACUUCAGCUAUUUCCGUUACUGGGCUUAGUUGCUCUCUUAAGAGUAAAAUAUUCUGCUAAUAUUUUUCACCAAAUGUUACACACUAGGACAGCAUUAGUGUUCUGGAUAUUUGUGUCAUUUAGAAUGGUUGACCAUCAUAAAUAUAUAGUCUAAAAAAUUGGCCCACGGCACAGUAAGCCAUCAUUGCACUAGUAAGUCAUCCAGAGUGUUACACUUAUUAUUAUACUGAAAGGGCAAAUCCAACAGUAAGUGCUACCGACUGUAAACGUUACAUAUGUGCCUUAGAGCAAAUCUUCCAGUCACUCUUUAUUAACAAAUUCAUAUGAUGAUCACAAUAGCUCCUUCAUUAAUUAAUGGUUAGUUGGGGAUAAACACCCUGUACGCAUAUAUACAUUGGAGGAAGUGUUUUCCUUUGGUUUCAGAGUGAUUAAUAGCUUAUCUUUCUUAAUAGAGGUCUCUAUAAUUUAGAAACAUGACAUAAUUUGCAGAGGUUUCUGUGAACAGAGACAUAUAUCCAAUGCUGCUUCGCAAUCUACUGGGAUAAAUAUUGUACCUUCCUUUGUAUCUCAUGUAGUACUUUAUGACACCAUUAGGAAACUGCUGGAUUGGGCAUAUGGUUGCACUAAUCAUGUCUGUCAGUAAGCUUUAAUUGAUUUGUUUUUCUUUCAGUCUUUGACUUUUUCAUUUUGCAUGCUUUGAGACACUGUCUUUCAAUCUCUCUCUUGCAUUCAACAUAGAAUGACUUAAUCAGUUUUUUUAUGGGAGGGUAUAAUCUCUGGUAAUAUAUAUAUAUUUCCAAGUGAAUGGGAACAUUGCUAAUAUUAAAAAAUAAGCGUAUAUCAUUUAAUGAAAUAUAGCCCUAAGAGUGUGAUAACCUUUAACCCCUUAAAGACACAACUUCUGGAAUAAAAGGAAAUCAUGACGGAAUAUUUCUGUCAUGUGUCCUUAAGGGGUUAAAAUAAGUUAUGAAUUUACAACAUGAUAGCACAACAAACUAUGAUAGCACAAUUAUCCUGCACAUAUUUGGAUAGUAGAAGCCAUAUUCGUAUAUGUGAACAGCUUCAGAUUAUUCCUUGUACUACCUGCAAGAAGAUAAUGCAGUGGGAAACAAAGAAGUAUGAAUAGGAAGUCAAAACAUGUACAAUUUUAUGGUAAAUUCAUAUUGUUCCUUCAUCGGAUAUAACAAUGUUUUUUAUUUUUAUCAGAAACCUACUUUUCUAUUUAUGAUACCAGAUCUAAUUGUGAAAAUCACUUGUUCUAGUUUUGCUCUGUGAAUUUGUGUAUUCGGGUUAACAUGUUGAAUAAAUAGACACUCCUCUUUCAUUUCUCAUUCCCUGCCAUGUCUAUACUCCCCCUUUAAAUUGCAAUAACAUGUCUGAAUCUGUCAAAAAGAUAUGAAAAAGAAGUAGGCAACAAUAGUGUAAAUCAAGUUACUUUGAAGCUCUCAGUAAAGAGACCGUUUAUAAAAGUUUGACAUCCUUAAUAGUACAUGGAUGAGUGACCUAAUUAACCCAUGAAAGACAAGUGACAGAAUAAGUCGGCAACAACAAAGUAACCUUCAAACAUCCAGCAUUAAAAUGGAAUGUGCCACUUAUUUAUUGGUAAAGAGAAUGCAUAAGUAUGCAAAUAAUAAAUAGGACACUCCAUAUGGGCAUAGAGUCAUUUGUUAACAGGGCGUGAAGGCCUCACGAAAUAAUAUUGGUUCUUAAGAAGUUAAUGGCAAAUUGUGGAUCUUUUGUUGCCAGGGUGAUCACUUUGAUUUUGCAAAUUUACAAUAUUGCAAUUGUCGUUUUUAACAUAUGAACCAUUUUUUUUUUUCUAGGGGAGAAACCAGGAAAAGAGCCAGAGGAAGUAAAGCUACAAAAUGCUAGUAAACAGAUUGUAGAAAAGGUGAUUCUGCAAGCAGUUCAGCAAGUCUCUCAAGAAGAGGAGCAUGGAGAGAAGAAAUCAAAUAGAAGAGCAGGCCAAGAGUUACCAUCUAGCAAAAUAAAACACAAACAAUGAAAGGAAGAAACAAAGUCAAGAUGGUUACCUUUCGAAGGCUUCAACAUGGCUUCAACAUGGCAGCCCAGCCCAGUCUAACAAUAACGCCAGCUCUGUAAUUAUAAUCGUCAAAAAACCAAAGCAUUAUCCAAAU